AUGUCACGGUGGACAGUGGUUUGCUUAGUAUUGGGGCUUGUUGCCUAUGCCCAAACUAAACCUUUAGUUGGUGGUGGCUCGGGAGGUGGUUUUGGUUUCGGGGGAGGUGGUGGUGGAGGAGGUUUUGGCGGAGGUGGGGGAGGUGGAGGUGGAGGAGGUGGAGGAGGUUUCGGCGGAGGUGGCGGUUAUGGUGGAGGUGGCGGCUUCGGUGGCGGAGGUGGUGGCUUCGGUGGAGGCGGAGGCAGGGGCUUUGGAGGAGGACACGGUGGUGGUCAUGGUGGCUUUGGAGGCGGACGAGGGUUCGGAGGGGGUUAUGGCGGUCAUCGUGGUUUUGGUGGGGGCUACGGCGGUGGUGGUAAAGGCUAUGGAGGUGGUGGCGGCGGCGGAUUUGGAGGCGGCGGCGGUUUUGGCGGUGGUGGCGGUGGGGGCGGAGGCGGUGGCGGCGGAUUCGGAGGUGGAGUAGGAGGUGGUCAUGGUGGAGGUUUAGGCGGCGGUAAUGGUGGUGGCUUAGGAGGUGGUCACGGAGGAGGCCUUGGUGGAGGAAACGGCGGUGGCAUAGGAGGUGGUCAUGGAGGAGGUCUUGGUGGAGGAAAUGGCGGUGGCAUAGGAGGUGGUCACGGAGAUGGAUUAGGUGGCGGAAAUGGCGGCGGCCAUGGUGGUGGUCUUGGAGGUGGUCACGGUGGCGGUCUUGGGGGCGGAAGCGGAGGUGGUCUUGGAGGUGGUCACGGUGGCGGUCUUGGGGGCGGAAACGGCGGUGGUCUUGGAGGUGGUCACGGUGGCGGUCUUGGGGGCGGAAACGGAGGUGGACUUGGAGGUGGAAUCGGUGGCGGCCAUGGAGGUGGUGGUGGGCUUGGAGGUGGCCUAGGUGGCGGACAUGGCGGAAACGGCGGACAUGGCGGUUACGGCGGACAUGGCGCUCACGCAAGCGCAAAAGCACACGCCGGUGGAUACGGGUAA